CGUAAGCUUCCGCAGCCGACGGCGCCCUUCAGCGCCGCUUCCUCCCGCCGCGGGGAUUCCGUAGCUUCCGCUUCCGGUCCGGGGCGUCCUGGUGUCCGGGCGCUGAGGCGGCUGUCUGUAGGUCCUGAAGAAUGAAGAUUUGAAAGCAAGGCCAUGGCUAAACACCUGAAGUUCAUUGCCAGGACUGUGAUGGUUCAGGAGGGGAACGUGGAAGGUGCAUACAGAACCCUGAACAGAAUCCUCACUGCCGACGGGCUUACCGAGGUCAUAAAGCGAAGGCGCUACUAUGAGAAGCCCUGCCGCCGCCGCCAGCGGGAGAGCUAUGAAGCGUGCCGGAGGAUCUACAACAUGGAGAUGGCUCGCAAGAUUAACUUCUUGAUGCGAAAGACCCGGGCGGAUCCAUGGCAGGGCUGCUAAGGCCUGUGGAUAGAAGACCCACGUUAAUUCUAUGUCUAACUUUCCUGUUACCUUUCCGUACAAUAAACUCAAUCACGUGAACAAGAAGGCUUGAACAUAUAGAAGCUUUCCCAAUCCACAGUGGACCCUUUUCUUUUAUCGAUAGGAAAAAAGUUAAUCAAAAACUGGAACAGGAGCAAUAAUAUUGGUUGCCAGUCUAGGAGAGGGGCCAAUCAGGAGUUAUAUGUAAUGGUUACAGUUUUGUUUAUAAAGAUUUGUAGAAGUUCUAGAAACCAUGGUAACAAAAAAUGUAUAUAUUAGAGUUGGAGAGAUGACUCAUCUGUUAAGAGAGCUUGCUGGUCUUUUAUAGAGGACCUUGGUUGGGUUCCAACACCUACUGGGGGCUUACAAGGUCUUUGACUCCAGUUCCAGGGGAUCUGUUGCCACCUUCUGGCCUCUGCAUAUAUGUAGCACACAUACUUGCAAAACUUUUUUUGGCGGGGAGGGUCUUUCAAGACAGGGUUUCUCUGUGUGCAAAAUACUUUAUACACAAAAAAUAUAAGAUUUUAGUGAAUGUGGGACUGGAGAGAUAUCUUGGCUUUUUAAGAGUACUGGCUGCUCUUUCAGAGGACCUUGACACCCACCUGGUGGCUCACAACUGUCUAUAACUCCAGUUCCAAGGCAAUUUCUUUUCUAACCCUGACAGGCACCAGACACAUGUGUAGUACAUAGACAUACAUGUAAGCCAAAUACUUAACAAAUUAAGUGAGUGAAUGUACUUAAUAUUGCUGAGUGGUACACUUGGUUAAAUUUGGUUUGGUUUGG